CUUUUCCCCCCCUACAUUUAGUUCAAGUAACUGCUGAUUAUAAACUUAAAAAGGCUGUAAUAUUACAACUGGGAGCAAAUCCAUCAGAAGUAGAUAGUAAAAUACUUGUUGCUGGAGAGCAAAUUGAAGUGUCAAAUGGCUGUAGUGUCAACCUAAUUGAAAAUGAUCUGAAAUAUACAUUAGAAUUUUUAAACUCAGAACAUGCUACAAGACCCAGACAUCGUUCAAGAUCUAAUCCAAAGUCAAUACAUAAAAAACUAAAAGUUGAAUCUCCUUCAUCAAAGAAUGAAAAUGAAGAACAGGUUAAUGGUUCAAUUUCUUCUGAAGAUAAUGAAGAAGGAUGCCUCAGUGAAGAAGCUACAGCAAGUAAGGAAGAGCAAGAAGUGGAAGUUGUUUCAGAUGAUGAAUUGAGAAGAAGGGAGAUUGAAUGUAAACUUGAAACUAUGCGUAAAGCUGUUGUUGAUGAUUUCAAUUCAUUGACUACUGUGGAUCGUUGGGAAGAAUAUGAUCAUAGCAAGAUAUUCAUAUUUACUCCUGCAGGGCUAAGAGGACAAACUAAAAUUGCUGCAUUUGAUAUGGACCAUACUAUUAUAACCACAAAAUCUGGAAAAGUAUUUCCUACUGAUAUGAGUGACUGGAAAAUUUUAUAUGCUGAGGUACCUGGAAAGAUGAAAAAAUUAUAUGAAGAAGGUUAUAAAAUUGUUGUAUUUACAAAUCAGAAAGGCAUAUCAAGGGGUAGAACUUCUGCUCCAGAAUUUAAGAAAAAAGUGGAAAGGAUUGUUCAGAAACUUGGAUUGCCAAUUCAGGUUCUGGUAUCUACAGGAUCUGGAAGAUACAGGAAGCCAAAUACAGGAAUGUGGGAUUAUUUUGUUCAAAAAUGUAAUCAGGGAAUAACUGUGGAUGUUCCUUCAUGCUUAUAUGUUGGUGAUGCUGCAGGAAGACCCCAGAAUUGGGCACCAAAAAAGAAAAAAGAUUUUUCUUGUGCUGAUAGACUUUUUGCAUUAAAUAUUGGAAUAAAAUUUUAUACUCCUGAGGAGUUUUUUCUGGGUCAACAGCCUGCUCCAUACAACAUGCCAGUAUUUGAUCCUAGGAAAUUAGCAGCUUCACCCUUAGCAGUAAAGUAUCAGCCUCCACCACGGAAAGAAUUAACAGCUGAUACAAUUGUAUCAUCUACUUCUGAGGUUGUAAUUUUUGUUGGAUAUCCAGCUGCGGGAAAAACUCAUUUUGCUCUUACAUAUUUGGUACCUAAAGGAUAUAUUCACAUAAACAGGGAUAUCUUAGGAUCAUGGCAAAACUGUGUAUCUGAAUGCUCUAAAUCCCUGUCUAAACAUCAGAAGGUUGUCAUUGAUAAUACAAAUCCUGAUCCAGAGAGCAGAAGCAGGUAUAUGGAGAUUGCAAAAAAAUUUGGAGUUCCUUGUAGAUGUUUCUUUUUUGUAUGUUCUUUGGAGCAAGCUAGACAUAACAAUGUGUACAGAGAACUUCAGGGACCUGAUGAAAAGCAUGCAGGAGUUAAUGAUAUGGUUUUGAACAGUUACAAAUCAAAGUUCAAAGAACCAACACUCAAAGAAGGUUUCACUGAAGUGAUAAAUAUCAACUUUAUUCCAAAAUUUAAAAGUAUUCAUGAAGAAAAAUUGUUUAAAAGAUUUUUAUUGGAAAAAUAAUGCUCUGUAUAAAUACAGAGCAUGCAUGUAAAACAUGCUGUAUAUAAAUAAUAAAAAUUUUAUACCUUUUUUAGCCUUU